AUGCCAAUAACAUUAUAUCUCGACCUGAGCACUGAACGACAUACAAAUAGAGGGCAAAUCAUAGUAGAGGCCUAUUAUAGGGACCGUGUGCUGCAAGUGCUGGGCCUGAGAGAAGACCAAAUGUCUCAAUUAGCGGCUCAUGCGGGCAACGACUACGUAGGAAGGAGCAAGGCGUUCGAGAAGAAAAUCACGGAGCAAUUCGGCAAGGGCAAAAACGACAAUAUGAUUGAUCUCAUACUGAAAGAAAUGGCACAAGAAGAGAGAAAAGGACAAGAAAAUAGGGCCAAUCCACGGCAGGGGUCUACGAGUAAGGCCAAAAAGAAGGCCCAGGCUAAAAAGUCUGGUCCGAUUCCGACUGAAAAGGGACAAGAGCAGUACACCAGUGGUCCCACGGAUUACAGUGACCGUUCGGGUUCAUUAAGAAAGUGGGUGAAAGACAAUGCAUACAAUAUUAGAGAUGCAUACCCAUCCACCGUAGGCAUGCGGAGUGCACUGGGUGUGAAGCUGAGCACAGGCAAGCUCAUCAGUGCGGGGUUCCAUGCAGACUUUAGGAAGCCAACGGUCAGAGCCUUCAGAGCCCAGCUGCUAUAUCCCACUUGGGCGGCGUCUCUACGUCGUCGUAUCCAGACGGAUACGGAUAAGACUCGCGCCACCAAUAUACAUGCCACAGCCACGUUCAUAACCCUGUUUGAUCUGUGCUACAGUGACUGUGACCUGGGAGAGUUCGGCAUGUGGUCUCUGUUGUCAGGGCCGGCCUUUCAUUUCUACUGCGAGAAUGCGACCACACACCUGGUAGCUACCGAGGAGUAUAUUGCAGACUUAGCGGCACGAGGGAUGGUGCAGCAGCACUUGCUCACGGGCCGCCCACAUGGGCCAUCUCGCGAAUAUGAAGUCUCGUUACCUACGCAUGAGGCUAACAAGGCCGCAAUAGAAGGGAAUCUGGUAGCUUUAAGGACCCCAGGGAUAACCAGUGUGAAAGUGUUAUCACAGGGCCGACGUUUUAUACUCCAAGGCACCUAUCAUGCAGCAGUGGAGAUGCGCUCGAACAUUGAGCUGAUGGCGUUCAACAACACAACGCAGAACUAUGCGUUAAAGAAAAUGUUUAAUUCCGACACAAGAAGCGGCGGCGGUCGCCAUGGCAACGCAGGAAGAGCGCCCCCUCGCACACGAGACGGGCGCGAGGAAUCACGCAUACCGUUACACACACAGACAAACAAGACUACUCACUCGCAGCGGAACGCCCCCAAAAGUACCCGAACACAGGCGCAACCACCCACACACACAGAGGGACACACCUCCACACGCACAAGUACGCGAACGACGAGGUCUAGUCAUCCGAAGACACAUGCACGCGAAGAGGAGCAUAUAGAAAGAGAGCUGCGGGAGCAACGAACUGCUGGACCGGUCAAAAAGGAAAAACAGAAACCAGAACGAGCUCACUUACGGCCAACACAGGCUAUGAGAUCAACGCGUGCGCAGCGGGAUACGAAAAUGAAGACGAGAAAAGAAGCAGAUUUGGUGGAACAGCAACGAAAAAGUAUAUGUCAACACAUAAAGUUACAGUCACAGCCACAGGCAUAGAUGCAAAAUCAGCUGCAAACAUACUAGAGCUGACGAGAGAGCCUUCGACAAACAAUAUGAUGAUAUUUAGUAUAGCGGAUUUGUGGUACAUGGGCCCUAUGCGAAUGAUAGACAUGCACGUACAUCGGCGUGUGCGUCGGUUUGGACGCGAGCUAUUCUGCCCGUAUUGGCAUGGUCUCCUAUCUUUGUCAGGCAUAGGCACCGAUUUAGUAAAUCCUAUACCUUAUAUCGAGGGGAGACUGCAAUUAUCACCACAUAUGCAACUCUUACAGAAAGUGUGUAGUUAGUUGUGACCAGCCAUGAGCCUAGCGACCGCAAACCCCAGAAACAAUGGAGGUUGCACAAACACAGAGUACCUACACGCACAAACAACCCCUUUGAGCCUGUACAAGUAACAAGACAAUGAUAUACAUCGUAACACACCCAGCUGAACUAAACCACACAAACAAGCAUAGCCAUGCGAGUUUGAUUUUGCAAAGUAUGCAGCAGUUACGGUGCGUACUGAGACUACAAUACAACCACAUACGGGGAACCACAGGGGUUGUUUGCUGUCGUUAAACCCAAACCCUAAACUUUUGAGGUACCACUUUAAUAUACGAGCACGGA